AUGGUCGCCACUGGCGAUUCCUCUCUGGUCACCGUCAGCGUCAUUCAGCCGACCUCAAUGAAAACAAAUGAAACACAUAGCACAAAGCGACCUGAUGAGGACACCUCGUGGACGAGAUACGCUGUGUUGUGCGCCACCAUCAUUUGCUUGUCAUCUGUCAUGGCGAACAUGGUGUGCUUCAACUUCACCGUGCUCUGCAUGCCGGCCACUCACGAGGUGCUCGCUGCCAACGAGGUAUGGAUUGAAAUUAGCCAAUAG